AGGACGCAUGUGCGCCUCGGGGGCCAGGGUGACUCAGCGCCUUGGCGGCCUGCGUCGGGGGCUCAUGGGAGAUAUGCAAAUGAGCUGGAGCAUCAUGGGUGAAGGCCCCGUGUAAGGCGGUGGUGCUGUGUCGAGGCGAACCUGGGUUUGGCGUCCAUUAGCCGCCUCGCUCGGAGCUCAGCCGGGAAGCUCCCCAGACACUGGAGCAAGUGUGAAGCUGGAGACGUUUCUGCGAUCUCAGGCCUGUCCACUUCUCCAAGGAGCUACAGGCAGGCGUCUGGGCCAUGUGUCCCCCAGUCAAUGUUUACCAUGCAGACAAGGGCAUGUCCCAGCUCUGUGAGGCCUGGCUCUACCAGCUUGUCCACGAAGAAGAGGUGAUUUGUUUUGCUUGCUUCAAGGCAGGUUUUCUGUUAGUUAAAAACAUGGUGGAGAUGGGAGAGUGGGAAGAGGAAUGGGGUGGGGCACCCAUGGAACUCUCGGAGGCAGGGCCUGAGCCGGAGGAGUGCAUGGAGUUGGAACCUGCCUUGCCACAGAGCCAUGAAUAUUGUCCACAGGCUGCCUCUGAAUGUGGAGGGUCUAAGAACCUGAUACCAAGCCCUGUAGCAAUGGCACCCCAGCCUGUGCCCACUGAGCUGGGGCCUCAGGAAGCUGUACCCCUGGACCUGGACCCCGAGGAUGCUGAGUGGACCCAGGCCUUUCCCUGGAGGUUGUAUAUCUUUGAUGACUGCCACCACAAACUCAUCAUCCCUCCUAUGUCCUGGUGGGAUGUUUUCAAUGUAGGCCCAUUUCAUGGGCAACCUGUAUUGUUGGAGUUGAGCCCCAUCUGGCCCAUGGUUCCAUGGGAAGCAGAAGCCUGGUUGAUAGACCUGAAGUUCUUCUUACUGUUGAAUAGCUUCGAUGCCAUCUUGUACCUGUUGUCAAUGACUCCUGUCUGGGCUGUGAGGACCCGGGUCAAGCGCUGGCAGGUGUUGCUGGACCCUGGUGAGUUGACGUUGGUACAGCUACAGAAUGCACCUGAACAGCAGGACCUGGACCGCUGGAAGCUGAGCAUCCUGGAGUCCUCAGAUCCGGAGGUGGAGCUGGUGCCCGCUGACUACAGCCUGCGGAAGGGAGGCUUCAAGGUGCACUCCUACCUGCCCUGGCACAAUAGCACCCCAGAGGUCUGGAGCAGGGAACCAGGGGAGGGGCUCCCUGUCAGAGAAGUUCCAUGUAAUUGUAACCUGAGUGACUCGGACUCCCUUGAUCUCGAAUCUAACGAAGGCAUUGAUGCUUAGGCAGCCCCCAUUGCCCCAGGGCCCCAGGGAAUAUGAAGAGCCAGAGGUUGCCUGUUCUGAGUAGCAGGGGAACUGUUGGUCUAGGAUUUGAGGGGAGCAUCUAGAACAGCAUAGGGGCUUAGGGACCUCAGAGGGAAGUCUGGCAUAUUUACAUCAGGAGUUUAGUUGUCCUCAGCUGACCAGUGUUUGGAAGGUGAGGCCUAGCUGUGUGUAUAGGUGGAGUGUUGUGUAUUGGGUGUUGUGGGGGACAGGUCACAGAUUUUGUCCUAGUAUGUGCAUGGACUCUGAGGCACUGGUUGCCCUGGCAUGUUAUGUAGUUAGAUCCUGUCUUUGGGGUCAUGAGACCUGGUUUCAGGGUUAACUGUACAGAGUGUUUAUGCUCUUUGUUUUUAUUCAUGCUCCUUUUGAAUGUUUCUGUUGAAUAAAGUUGGCGUUUUAAUUUUUAUUA